AUGUAGUUCAGUAAAACUCAAGAUCUUAUAAGCAGAUGGGGGGAUUUAUACAUUCAGAAAAUUCUAGAUCGAUAUCAAUAGCAAAUUCAAACUUCACCCAGUAUUAAAGUAUUAGUGGCUCAUUUUUAUCGAGUGUCGGAGCAGAUACUGUAAUUCAAAUCUCCAGCUCAAAAUUUGAUAAAAAUAAAGAAUUUGUAGUUCCUAGUUAGGUUUGGAGGAGUUAUUGCUGUUAUAAACUCUAGUUUCUAGGAUAUUGAUUCAACCUAUAGAAAUAGUGUUGCUAAUUAUGGAGGAGUAAUGUACAUGAAAGAUAUUUACUCUCUAACUCUAAAUAAUAUAUCUAUGGAAUAUAAUGUUGCUUCUGAUUCAGGAUCUGUGAUUUAUAUUGAUUAAAUUAAAGAUGAUAUCAAAUUAUCUAACAUUACAAUCAGACACAGUUAGGCUACUUUUAAUGGAGCAAUAUACUACACAAGUUAGUACUAAAAUGAAAUUGAACCUAGAUAUUUUAAUUUCUACAUGAAAGAUGUUACUAUUGAAAGCACUAAAUCUUAAUUGAAAUGCUUCCUCUACUUUGAUAAUAUAAAUGGAGUACUAAUAUCUGAAAGACUAUAUAUGAAUUAUACAUCAGUCAUAACAGAUUCAAGUAUCUAUAUUUAAAACGCAGUUAUGGUUGAAUUACAUGAUAACUAGUUAUAUAAUCCAAUAGGCAGGCAAGAGUCUAGUUUCUUAUAUAUUCGGAAUUUGCAAUAAUCGGCUUAUCUAAGUAACACUAACAUUGAUUGCUUCAGUUAUGGUGGUCCAGACUCAUAUGAUGAACGAUUAGUCCAAUAGGUUAUUCUUGAUGAUUUUCAAUAAAUUUACGAAGAUUCAAGGUUAAUCUCCUCACUAAUACUUAUAAAUUUUGGAUAACUCCAAUUGAACAAUUUUACAGUUUAAAAUUGUGAUAUUAGAGGCUAAUAAUAAUAGAUAAUAGUAGCUAAUCUCGAAAAAAAUACAAUCAUUAUUCACAAUUCAACAUUUACAAAUAUUAUAGCAAAGGGAUUUUACUAUGGAAUAGACUAGUAACUCUAUUUGGCAAAUGUAGAAAUUAUUGAUGUCUAUAACUUGAUUAAUUCACUUUUUCAGUUGUUUGAUUCAAUACUUUCAUUAAGCAAUGUAACUUUAAGAGCUAUAUAAGGAAAAUAUGGAGGUCUCUUUGAUAUCACACGUGAAGAUAUGCUUAGACCUACUGAAUUUAUAAUAAAGAAAAGUAUUUUCUAAGAUAUCAUCAUAGAUCAUGAAUACUCUUUUUUUAUAGCUAUAAGAGGUUUUGAUUUUAUGUAUUUAGAUGAGAUACCGUAAACUAAGUUAUUAUUAAAAACUCAUAUAUUGGAGAUUUUUAAGCAGUAGAGGGAUAGACUUAAUUUCUAUAUAGCAUAGUGUUAGAGAUCAAAUGAUGGUUAAUUUAUUCAUCUUGUAAACACAGGAUUUGAUGAUUAUCAAUCUACAUUUUAAAACAACUUUGCAUCUUAAGGAGGAGUUUUUUCCUGCAACAACUGCACAAUUAAAAUGGAAAAUAGUAUUUUUAAAAAUAAUGUAGCUAAUCAAGGAGGAUGUAUUUUUACUGAUAACACUGUAUAAGUCAUACUAAUUAAUAUAACAAUUAUCAAUAAUAAGGCUUUACGUGAUGGAGGUUUCAUAUAUCUAAGAUUAAACAAUAAAUAAUCAGAUGCAGAAUCAAUUUUUAUCCUAAAAGAUUCAAACAAGUUAUCUAAUAAUUAGGCAGAAAGAGGUGGCUUUAUUUAUUCUGUUAAUCCAAGUGCAAGUAUUACCCUGCAAAAUAUAACUGUUUCAAGUGCUUAUUCUACUUAAAAUGGAGGUUUCAUUAGUUUGCAAAGUGGACUCAAGCUUUUAAUCUAAAAUUCUAACUUCGAUUCUUUUAAAUCUGCUCAUGGUGCAUUAAUAUAUUCUAUAGCUGACACAAUUACUAUAAACAUUGCUAACUCGAUUUUUAUUUGUGAUAAUCUGGAAACUUUCAAAAACAAGUCCUUUUAGCUUACUGAUAGAAAUUAUUUAAGCGACUCAGAUACUCAGUUUUAUGUAUCUAAUGCUAAACAGCUUUAAUCGUCUUAAAAUUCAUUUUAGUACUGUGGAACUUCUUCAUUAGGAGGUGUAUUUACCUUAACUAAAACGAAAUUCAGUGAUUUCAAAUCAAAAUUUUUAUACAACUCAGGAUAAUAUGGUGGUGUUAUCAAUAGUUAAGAAAGUCAAAGUGAAUUAAUCUAAUCUAAAUUUAGCAGCAAUCAGGCUAAAUUAGGAGGUGCCUUUUAUAUGGUUUCAUACUCUAAUCUGACUAUAAUAAAUUGUUAAUUCUCAUAAAAUUAUGCUUCAGAAUCAGGUGGUGUAAUAUUCUUGUCAACGCAGUCUAUUUUACAAAUAUAAGGAUCAGAAUUCACAAAAAAUGUAGCUUCAGACAAUUCAGUCAUUGAUGUGCUUGGAGCCAACCUAAAUUACGAUAUAAAGAUUGAAAAAUCUAUUUUUGAAUUUAACUAUUCAACAAGAAAUACUCUAUCCUUUGUUUAUGCAAACAUUUUUAUUUCAGAUUCACAAUUUAAAAAUAAUAUUGCCCGAGAAAGAACGAAAGGAAUACUUUGUGGAGCCAGAUCAAAGGGAGGAGCGAUAUAUGCUUCAAACUUUAAGUCUAUUUAUAUUGGAAAUAAUACAAUUUUAAAAGACAAUUUCGCAAUUGAUUCAGGAGAGGACAUUUAUCUAACAAAUUCAGUAAAUACUUUGACUUUGAAUAAAGUACAAAUAUCUAAUGUUAAUGCUAAGAAUUCCAUUUAUAUCGAUAAUUUAAGAUCAGCAUAUGGGGGUGCAAUAUACAUUAUUGAUUCUGAUUUAAAUAAAGGAAACACAGACAUUGAGAAAAACAGAAAAUAUUAUAUAGUUAACUCAGUUUUUAAUAACUGUUCAGCUUAAGUAGGAGGAGCAAUAAUGACUGAAAACGCCUAAUCAAUUUUAGUGAUGGAUAGUUAAUUUAUUUGGAAUAAAGCAAUAAAUAUUAAAGAAUAAUAAACUUAGGUUUCAUCAUCAGGAUCUGGUGGAGCCAUAUAUUAUACAUGCGAUAAUAAUAUUUUGAACUGCAAACUAACUUUUUAUGGUAUAAACAUGUUUAAAUCAAAUGAUGCUCUUAUAUAAGGUGGAGCUAUAUAUUGGAAUUCACUUGAGCCUAUUUAUAAUAAUUCUAAUCUUAAUUUCAUAAAUAACUCUGCAAAGUAUGGAGACAAUAUGGCAUGUUAUGCAUAAAACCUUGGCUCACUUUCAAAAUAUUAAUAUAAAGAGCAAAUGAUUAAAUUAGGACUAUACACAUUAGAUGAUUUUGACUUUAGAAUGCUUGAAUAAUCAAAUUCAGAAAAAAUAAUGUUUAAUUAGACAUUUGAUAAUUAGAGAAGUGGAGGAUCUAUACCAAUCAUAUAUAUGGCGCUAAUAGACAAAUAUGGUCAGAUUGUAGGUUCUGAUUUUUAAAACUAAAAAGCAAGUAUGUAUCCACCUAUUCUAGAAGGCAGUAGUGAUUUUUCUAUUUAUGGAGGAAUAGCAGUAAUAGAUAACGUUUAAAUUACUGGGAAUCCGGGGAGCAAUUAUUAAAUAUCAUUUUCAACUGAUGGUAUUGAUCUAACUAAACUAUCAAACAAGGAAUCUUUACAAAAAUUGAGUAGUAGCGAUCUUAACUUCUUAUUAGAUCUAAAGCUAAGAGAAUGUUAAAUUGGAGAGCAAUUCACAUCAGUUGGUAAAUGCCAGGAAUGUGAUGAUAGCUAUUCUUUAAAAUAGAUGAAAGAACCUGGUUCUUGCGAGAUUUGUCCUUCUGAAAAAGCAGUGUGUUUGGGCGGAGCUAAUAUUGGUCCCUUACCAGGAUACUGGAGAUAGAGUAAUAUGACUAAGAAUAUAGAAAAAUGUCUGUUUUAGAAAGCUUGUCUUGGAAUGAUUGCUCCUAAUUAUAAUCCAAUCGGAGAUUGCCUUAGAGGAUACAGAGGCAUUCUGUGUGCUGAUUGCGAAAAGGGCUUCUCAAGAGAUAAUGAUUAUUAAUGUACAUAAUGCCCUGAGCACUGGGCUAACUCAUUAAGGUUACUGGCAAUUUUAGUAGCGGUCGUUAUUUUGAUCGUAUUUAUGUAUCUAUAUGAAGAUUCUACUCAAUCAUUUUUAACUAUUACUUAUGACUUCUUCAUUUGA